AUGGAUAGGUUCCUAAUAAACAAAAAGGAAGUGAUGCCCAGAUAUGCGCCAAGAGGGGCAUAUGCCCUUGGAAUCAAGGAGGUAAUGCAUGAAGCAGGGUCCUGCUAUCCUCUAGACGAAAGUCCGUAUUUAAGCACGAUUGAAGGUCAAAGCCUCGGGCCAAAAAUAAUCAUCCAGCCGUAUAGACAGCUGAAGAUUAAGUCCCUUCCCGACGACUUCUACAGCAGCCUGAUCGAUUGGUCCGGGGAAAAUGUAUUCUUCACUGCCGACGGCUGCCUGUUUGUACACAAUUUCUUUUCCUCAAAGACAUUACAAGUCUGUGAUCUCAACAGCCUCGGAAUAACAUCUGUAAAAUGUAAUCCGACAACCAGUACCGUUGCCCUUGGGACGUCUGCAGGCGCCAUGCUGAGCAUCGACAUAGGUUCUCUGAAGAUGACAAGAUACUCAUUUCAUAGAUCAAGAAUAGGUGUAAUUGAGUCUGAAAACACAAAUAUCAUAACUGGAAGCAGGGACAGGAAAAUAAAGAUAACAGAUCUGCGCUCUGAAAAAGCAGUGGCAACCAUUUUGCAUCACAGGCAGGAGGUAUGCGGCCUAAGCAUAAGCAAGGAUCUUAGGUUCUUGGCGUCCGGCGGAAAUGACAAUAGACUUUAUAUUUAUGACUAUAGGAAUUUAGCACAUCCUCUUAAACAGUGUUCUAGCCAUAAGGCUGCUGUAAAGGCAAUAAGCUGGUCUCCUCUUUCUCCAAACCUGCUAGUAUCUGGAGGAGGAACUGCCGACAAAACGAUCAAGUUAUGGGACAUAAGCUUGAUAAACUCAAGCAGAUCAAGCCCGUGCCUGAUAAGAUCUGUAGAUUAUGGCUCUCAAAUAUGUAAUCUAAAGUGGCUGAAAUCCAACAAAAUUCUUAGCACGCAUGGAUACUCAAAGGAUGACAUUAGGCUGUCACAGAUGUCUUCCUUUAAGGUAGAAAGAUACUUUCUUGGCCAUAAGAACAGGGUGAUCCAUUUUUCCUGCUCAGAUGACGAGAGGUACUUCGUUUCUGGAUCCUCUGAUUCUAAUAUAAACUUCUGGGAAUUGGAUGGAGAGAAGGAUGAUGAAAUAAAGAUUAGAUAG